CCGGGCUCGCGCUGGCUGAAGGGGCGCGCCUCAGGGCCCGGCACCUCCCAUUCCCCUCCCAAGCGCCGCUCCUCCCUCAGCCCCGGAGCCGGCGGCUGCUGCCGGGAGAGGCCCCUCCUUCUCUCUUGGCUCGAUUCCCUCGCUCGCGGCCGAGAGGAGCCGGCCGACCCACCGGGCUCGCGACCCUCCCCGGGCCAUGGCGGGCAACGUGAAGAAGAGCUCCGGCGCUGGGGGUGGCGGCGGCUCCGGGGGCUCGGGCGCGGGCGGCCUGAUCGGGCUGAUGAAGGACGCCUUCCAGCCGCACCACCACCACCACCACCUCAGCCCGCACCCGCCGGGCACUGUGGACAAGAAGAUGGUGGAGAAGUGCUGGAAGCUCAUGGACAAGGUGGUACGGUUGUGUCAAAACCCAAAGCUGGCUCUCAAGAAUAGUCCACCUUAUAUCUUAGACCUGCUACCUGAUACCUACCAGCAUCUCCGUACUGUCUUGUCAAGAUAUGAAGGGAAGAUGGAGACACUUGGAGAAAAUGAAUAUUUUAGGGUAUUCAUGGAGAAUUUGAUGAAGAAAACCAAGCAGACUAUAAGCCUCUUCAAGGAGGGAAAAGAAAGAAUGUAUGAGGAGAAUUCUCAGCCUAGGCGAAACCUAACUAAACUGUCCCUGAUCUUCAGCCACAUGCUGGCAGAACUGAAAGGCAUCUUCCCAAGUGGACUCUUUCAAGGAGAUACUUUUCGGAUUACUAAAGCAGAUGCUGCAGAAUUUUGGAGAAAAGCUUUUGGGGAAAAGACAAUAGUUCCUUGGAAGAGCUUUAGACAGGCCCUUCAUGAAGUACAUCCCAUCAGUUCUGGGCUGGAGGCCAUGGCUCUGAAGUCCACUAUUGAUCUGACCUGCAAUGAUUAUAUUUCAGUUUUUGAAUUUGAUAUCUUUACACGACUGUUUCAGCCUUGGUCCUCUUUGCUUAGAAAUUGGAAUAGCCUUGCUGUCACCCACCCUGGUUACAUGGCUUUCCUGACAUAUGAUGAAGUGAAAGCGCGGCUCCAGAAAUUCAUUCACAAACCUGGCAGUUACAUCUUCCGGCUGAGCUGUACUCGUCUGGGUCAAUGGGCUAUUGGAUAUGUUACUGCUGAUGGGAACAUUCUGCAGACAAUCCCUCACAACAAACCUCUCUUCCAAGCACUGAUCGAUGGUUUCAGGGAAGGCUUCUAUUUAUUUCCUGAUGGACGAAAUCAGAAUCCUGAUCUGACAGGUUUAUGUGAACCAACACCUCAAGAUCAUAUCAAAGUAACCCAAGAACAAUAUGAAUUAUACUGUGAGAUGGGUUCCACAUUUCAACUAUGUAAAAUAUGUGCUGAAAACGAUAAAGAUGUGAAGAUUGAGCCCUGUGGACACCUCAUGUGCACAUCUUGCCUUACAUCCUGGCAGGAAUCAGAAGGUCAGGGCUGUCCUUUUUGUCGAUGUGAAAUCAAAGGUACUGAGCCCAUUGUGGUAGAUCCAUUUGAUCCUAGAGGCAGUGGCAGCCUAUUAAGACAAAGUGCAGAAGGAGCUCCUUCCCCAAAUUACGAUGAUGAUGAUGAUGAACGGGCUGAUGAUUCUCUAUUCAUGAUGAAGGAGUUGGCAGGUACCAAGGUGGAAAGACCUCCCUCUCCAUUCUCCAUGGCCCCACAAGCUUCCCUUCCUCCAGUACCACCACGACUUGACCUUCUACAACAGCGAGUAUCUGUUCCUCCAACUGCUUCUGUCCUGGGGACUGCUUCCAAGGCUGCUUCUGGUUCCCUUCAUAAGGACAAACCAUUGCCAAUACCCCCCACACUUCGAGAUCUUCCACCGCCACCUCCUCCAGACCGGCCUUACUGUGUUGGAGCAGAAACACGUUCUCAGAGACGCCCCCUGCCUUGUACACCAGGCGAUUGUCCAUCUAGGGAAAAACUGCCUCCUGUCCCCUCUAGCCGCCUUGGGGACUCAUGGUUGCCUCGACCAAUCCCUAAGGUACCAGUAGCUACGCCAAAUGCCAGUGACCCUUGGCCUGGAAGAGAGUUGACCAACCGGCACUCACUUCCAUUUUCAUUGCCCUCACAAAUGGAGUCCAGAAUAGAUGUGCCUAGGCUUGGAAGUACAUUUAGUCUGGAUACCUCCAUGAAUAUGAAUAGCAGCCCAGGAGCAGGUCCAGAGAGUGAGCACCCGAAAAUCAAGCCUUCCUCAUCUGCCAAUGCCAUUUACUCCCUGGCUGCCAGGCCUCUUCCUGUGCCAAAACUGCUACCUGGGGAGCAGGGUGAAAGUGAAGAGGACACAGAAUAUAUGACUCCUUCCUCUCGGCCUCUUGGGGUUCAAAAGCCAGACUCAAAACGGCCUUUGGAGACAUCUCAGAGUUCACGACCAUGUGAUUGUGACCAACAGAUUGAUAGCUACACAUAUGAAGCAAUGUAUAAUAUUCAGUCCCAGGCAACAUCUGUCACAGAGACCAUUACCUUUGGAGAAGGAAAUUUGGUUACAGCUAACACCAGCACUGGUCCUGAGGAAUCCGAAAAUGAGGAUGAUGGCUAUGAUGUCCCUAAGCCUCCUGUGCCGGUUGUGCUGGCUCGCCGAACUCUGUCCGACAUCUCUAAUGCCAGUUCUUCCUUUGGCUGGUUGUCUCUGGAUGGUGACCCUACCACAAACUUCAGUGAGGGUUCUCAAGUUCCUGAGCGACCUCCCAAACCAUUCCCUCGGAGAAUCAACUCUGAACGAAAAGCAAGUAGCUGUCAGCAAGGUGGCGGUGCCACUGCUGCUCCUACCACCACUGCUCCCUCACCACAGCUCUCCAGUGAGAUUGAGAGCCUCAUGAGUCAGGGCUACUCCUACCAGGACAUUCAGAAAGCUUUGGUCAUUGCCCACAACAACAUUGAAAUGGCCAAAAACAUCCUCCGAGAAUUUGUUUCUAUUUCUUCUCCUGCCCAUGUAGCCACCUAGCACAUCUCUCCCUGCCAUGGCUUCAGAGGACCCAUGAGCCGGGCUUUUACUCAAGGAGCACCUAGAAGGGCAGAGACUUCUUUCAGGACGUCACAGCGAGGACCUGCCUUUUCUUUGGGUAUCACACACCCAUGGUUCCAAGAUUUCAAAGCAGUGGAAUGAAAAUGGAGCAGCUAGUGUGUCUCAUUGUUGUAUUGGUCUUGAGAGUGCAUUUGCAGUCCUUCAGUUCCCAUUGGGAGAGAGUGUGGGUGUUUAUUAGUCUACAAGGGAAACAGUACAGAAAGCAGCAGGAGUAUUGUGCUGUAACCCUAGUUAAGGACUUAGGACUUUCUUGGGUUAAGGGUGUGGCAGUGUGUGUCUGUCUGUCUCUGUCUGUGGUUGUAUGUGUCCUGUGAUUAUAAGAUUAUCCUGCUGUGUGUGUUAAUCCCAGGUGGGGAGUUAGCACAAGAGUUUCAGGAAGGAUUCUUUAAAGACUUCCAUCUACUGUGGUAUUGCACCUAUCCCUAGUGUGUGUUACAACCUCAACACUCCCCUUUGGCUUAGAUUAUCAUGUGCUUAGUUAAGUCUUAUAUUUUUAGAACACCCUCUUGUCCUUUCCCCUGGAAACACCUUCUCCCACCAUCUCCUCCUCAUUGGUGUUCUUUGGGCUUGCUAUGAUCAGCCUUACUGAAGCCAAGCAACUUAUAGGAUAUUCUUUAUAGUGUGUGAUGGUGUUUGUUUUGUUUGGUAGAGAUAGGUGGGAAGGAAAGUACUAUUCUGUGGUUAUAGUCAUGAUUGAUAUUAGCAGCUAACACUGGUCACUCUAAAAGUUCUGUUUCUAUAGGAGCAUUGAAUUUGUUAAAAUAAGAUGUUUGAAUUAUUCUAAUUACCUAAUGACUGACUUGAGAUAGAGCCUUCAAAAUAUAUUCCAUGUCCUCCCCAGGAAAUUGUCUGUUGGGAGUCUCUUGCCUUGGUGCCAGGUAUGUGUUGCGAUACAGGUCAUGAGUCUUUCUACCUAACAGGAAUGGAAGAACAUUAGUUUCCAGGAUGGCUUUCUGGCUCAAGUACCAUAGAACUUUUAGGAAGCUUUAGUCAUGUGCUAUUUAGAUACACAGAAUAAACUAUAAGGACUUACUUGUAGUCUUUCUUCCCAGUGAAUUAAUUUCAGCUUAUAAGUUUCUCUCUUUGAAUAAUUCAGAAAUUAUUUCUUUAAGGAAUGGGAAUAACCGCCCACGAUUGCACAGUGUUUGCUGAUGAUUAGCAGCUUUCCUACAUUGGUACCACCCAGGGACUUUGUUUUUUCUUGUGCCUAGAGCUUUGGGAAUAAUGUCUUUUUCUUCUUCCUUACCCUUUUCUUAGGUCCUAAGUGUAAUUACUACGUUAUCCACAGUAAUUAUACAUCAUUCAUAAUAUGGGGCAACAUAGCAGUUUGUAUAAU